AUGGUCAAGAAGCGAGCAUCCAACGGCCGCAACAAGAAGGGAAGGGGCCACGUCAAGCCGAUCCGCUGCUCCAACUGCUCGCGAUGCACGCCCAAGGACAAGGCAAUCAAGAGAUUUACGAUAAGGAACAUGGUCGAAUCCGCCGCUAUCCGUGAUAUCUCCGAUGCCUCGGUCUUCCCCGAGUACACUGUCCCCAAGAUGUACCUCAAGCUCCAGUACUGCGUCUCAUGCGCCAUCCACGGCAAGAUUGUCCGUGUCCGCUCAAGGGAAGGUCGCCGCAACCGCGCUCCCCCGCCAAGGGUUCGGUACAACAAGGAUGGCAAGAAGGUGAACCCACAGCAGGCAGCUAGGACCGCGGCGGCUGGUGCGGUGGCUCCGGGACAGUAA